CGCGAGGUAUUUACAUGUGUCAAGCACGUCCUCGUCAUCAGUUUGACUCCGAUACUGUAUUGGGAUACGGAGGAUCUCGUUGUGUACAUACAGUGCGUUGGUGUAUAGAUCUGUGUCAAAGAGGUGGCAGGAAAAAAAAAAAAAAAAAAAAAAAAAAAAAACCAUAAAGGCACAUCGAUGAUGAAAUUAAGAGUCGUUCUGCAGUCGUGCACGUCGCUGAUAUUAUUUUUAAAGCUCGCUCGUGCCGACGAGUCCGAGCUUACGUUACGCCAACUGAACGUGAUAUUCAGGCACGGCGAUCGUAUGCCCGAGACCUUUCCCAAGCGAUUUCCCAACGAUCCCAACAUGCACGACACCUACCACCCCAUGGGCUCCGGAGGCCUAACUAACGAGGGCAAGCUGAGGUUGUACCGUUUGGGGGAGCUAUUGCGCCGCAAAUACGAUACCUUUCUGGGCCCCGAGUACGUGGAAGGUGACCUGUACGCCAUCAGCUCCAGCUUGGCCAGGACCAAGAUGUCGUUGCAGCUGGUCCUCGCGGCGCUCUAUCCGCCCUCGUUGCUUCCCAGGAAGAGCAGGUGGCACGAGUUUCUCGAUUGGCAACCCAUACCCACGCACUACUACGACUUCAGGAACGACCAGUUCUUCAACAGGGACAAGUGCCAGGAGUACAUCGAGGAAUUGGCCCGAGUGUGGAACUCGAGUGACGUACGGAGGAAACUCGAGGGGUACGAGUCUUUCUUGGAAGAGCUGAGACUAGGAGCGGGAAAAACGACGCGGAUAACACUGGACGACGUGCUAAUUUUGCACAAUAACUUGAGCAUCGAGAAAAAACUGAACAUGAGCAUGAGGCCGUGGAUGAUUGAUGCCCUGCGGGACGCCAGGCUCGGAGAAAUGAGGAGACUCUAUUACGAAAUCCGUGGCUACGACAACAAACUCCGGAGACUCGCCGAUGGAACUUUGGUCCGGCAGAUGAACAACGACAUGGUGCGUCGAAGCAACGAGUCGUCAAAGUAUCCGCGAAAGGUGACGCUGUACAGCGGCCACGACAAAAAUUUGAUCGGUGUGAUGCAAGCGCUGAAAAUCUACGACUCGCACUUUCCCGAGUUCGGGAGCGCUUUGAUCUUCGAACUGCUCGCUUCGAUGGAUGGACAACACCACGUGAAGAUCUUGUACCACCUCGGUAUUCCAGAAGUGACGAAAACUCUCGUGAUUCCGGGAUGCGAGUCACCCUGUCCUUUGGCGCGAUAUUUGAAUUUGACCAAGUCCGUGGAAAUAUCGGACGAGGAAACGAGCUGCGAAAUCAGGUCCGACAAUUACUUUGCCGACAGUGAUUGAAAAGCUGAAAAUAAACCAACGACAACAAAAAAAAAAAAAUCGUUUUCCACUGUACCUGAUCUAUGUACGCAGGAAUUCUCGAUUUGUAUACAUACGCAGUGGCCUUGAAAUAAACUAU